CCCAGAGGCGAACGGUAGGCGGAAGAGAUUAGUGUGUUGUUAUUUCGACGUAAUCUUAGCAAUUCUUCGCUAAAUAAAGCUUCCAAAUAUACGACCAGGGUGUUGAGGGAAGAACAGAACACGGUAAAAGUGUAGAAGCGAUCCAAAGGGAACGGUUUAACGGUGUAGUGCUAGUGUUACUAUAGAACCAUCCGAAGUUCCCCCAAAGUCGCUCAGAAUCCGUAGCUUUCACUUGGAACAGAACCAACACAAUGACUCAGUGUGUGCUAGAUGCCUAAUAUUCAUUCCCGAACAUAUUAUCGACAUUAAAGGCAUACUAAAGCAUACGUUUGUAAUCCCCGUUCGAAACCAUCUGGAAAGGGGCGGAUUCUAACUCUCGAACCGGAAUCGACGGCGUUGCAGAAGAGGCAAACGAAAAUAGCAAAACAUUGUGAGACAAGUGAAAACGAAGAUGAGUUACGCAUCAUUCGACAAUAAUGCCACCACGGGCAACAUUACCAAUGAGGCGGAUUUCCAGAAAACGGCCCAAAUCGUGGUGGCCAGCAUCCAGAAGAUCCUGCAAAAUGUUUCAUCUAUGCAACGGAUGGUCAACCAGUUCGGCACGGCACAGGAUUCACCGGAGCUCAAACAACAGCUCCAUCAAAUACGAUCCUAUACACAGCAAUUGAUAAACGACACGACGAACCAGUUGAAUGAUUUGGUUAAUUGCAAGGAACGUCACUUGAAGAUCCAGCGUGACCGACUGGUGGAUGAAUUUUCGAGCGCCCUGAACGCCUUUCAGGCGGUACAGCGGAAGACGGUCGAUCUGGAGAAGAAUGCCAUCCGGCAGGCGAGGCAAGCGAGUGGGGCUGCAAUGGCCCUGAACAAACCGCCCGGUUCGCAUCAUUCGAGCAUGGGCUCGAACUAUAACAACACGUCCAACAGUGGUGGUGGAUCGAUGUUCGAGGAUAACUUCAUUACCGGUUCCCGGGGUCAAACGCAGGAACAGUUGCAAGAGGAGAUCGAUCUACAGGCGCUAGAGGAUCAAGAACGAACCAUCCGUGAGCUGGAGGAGAAUAUUGUUAGUGUUAAUGAAAUUUACAAAAAGCUCGGCGCACUGGUGUACGAACAAAGCCACCAGGUGGAUUCGAUUGAAGCGUCGGUUGAGCAGACGAGUGUCUUCGUAUCGGAAGGUGUGCAGCAGCUGAAACAGGCCAGCCAUUAUCAGAAUAAAGCGCGCAAGAAGAAGCUCAUUCUUGCGCUGAUAGCAGCCGCAAUACUAGCGUUCAUAAUUCUCAUCAUUGUUCUAAAACGCUAAUGAUGGCGACGUAACAAGGAAAGGAAAAACAAAAUAUGGCGAGAAUCUACGUUAUACAUACAUAUAUAGAACAAAGCACGGUUACAAAGAAGCGAUAUGGAAGGACGUCACAAAAUCCAAAGCUCUAGAGCAAAUGUGCAAUGUGUUUUGUGUUUAAAUUAUUUAAAUUAUCUUUUUGUAGCCUGUUCCCAUUCAAACAGUCAAUCAUUCGUCACUCAGCCAUCCAACACGCACGCACGUCGUAUUGGUUGCCCUUCAUUUCAUUUUCUGCGCGCUGCGAUAGGAACGAUUACGAUUGUAGUAGUAAUAGGAAAACUAACUUGGUUAGAAGCAAAAAAUCACUUCCAACCACCACCAUCCCCUUUAACAAGCAUUCCAUUUCGCGGAUUGAACGGAAGGCAGAAUGCUGUGAACGAAUGAUGGGCCAUUUAAAUGACUAAACCCCGAUUUGGUGCGUUGAUUGUAAGAAUGUUUUGCAGAACCGCAUUGCGCACGAUUAAAUGAUAAUUAUUAUGCUCUAUUCUUUUGAUGCUUACUCUGAAAAAUAUAUAUAUUCUUGUAUAUGUAUAGUUUACAGCAGAGCUGGUGCAUGCACCUAGUCUUUUCCAAUCAUUUGCUUUUACUGUAACAAACCAACAAAUUAUAUUAGUAUUACGCCCUGUUUGUUUCAUUUCUUGUGUAUGCUACGAUCUAAUUUCUUCUUAGUCACACAGUAACAUGCGAAUGGACUAGUUGACUAGGAAUCGGUCCCCUUGCAUUCGGAAGGAUAACAUGGAAAACAUUGCAUUACAACGUGGACAUACAUUAUAAUGGCGAAAAACCCAAGCACACAGGUUGAAACGUUAAGUAAUUUCGACUGUGAUACAGCGGCAACACAACAGGCGUGAUGCGUUUGGGAUAAUUUAGAAAGAAAAUAAUAUAAGAAAGUAGAACAACAGAAGAACACACAUCCAAAGCUACAAGGCGAUAUGGAGCAACAGGCGUUCGUCAUUUGUUUUUCUCAGAGCUUUUAUUAAUUUUAUUUUUAAACUCAUAAAAUGUGGCACACUUAUAGGAAGACAAUGCAAAGCUAAUCAAUAAAUGGUACAUGUUCUUCUCAGCA